UUAUUUUUACCUGAGAGUUUCCCGUUUCCAUAGUGAUGUCAUAGUAGUUUGUUUACCAAAAGGUUCGGACGCCACAGACGGAAGUUGGCACAUCGGCGGUACCGACUUCAGACGAGUCCCGUGGGGUUUGUGAGGAUCGUAGAGCAGAACGGAGAACACAUUCAUAUUCGUGAGAGUCUCAUCGUUCCACUGUAGCUCUGCCACUUUCCACCGCAGAUGCAGAAUGACGACAAAAGGCGGAUGCAGUAGACUGAGACGCAGCCCACACAAAAAACUGCUUCAACAGACGUAUUUUGAUGGGGAUUUUAUUACUACACCAAUUAGAUUGACGCAAUCGACUCCUAAUAACUUAGAUGCUGAGUGCCUGGUGGUCAGUCCUGCCAGGCUGGUGGUGAAGCAUGGAGACCCAGCCUCCUCUAACUGCAGCUCAGAUACCCCUGUAGAGAUGGGCUGGGAAGCCACCCAGGGAGGGGCGGGUCUAACAGACAACAAGGUGAAGAUCCUAAACUGGAAGGUGGACAGUUUGACUGACUGGAAUAGCAACCCUACCUGCUUCACAGAGGGAGGCCAGUGUCAGAAACAGCUGAACAUCACAGUUUAUAAGCUUCCAGACCGUGUCUCCAUCAGCUACAGGAAGUACCCUGAUCCGAUGGUUGAGGGGCAUCAGUACCUGCUGCAGUGUCUUGUCCAGAACAUCGCUCCUAUUGGGAGACUCACGGUGACCUUCUACAAAGUCAAUACCACUGGUGAACAGACAGAAUUAGACACACAACAUAAAUCCAAGGACAACAUCAACACACCAGAGAAUGGGACCUACACCCUGGACUUCACCCCUGGUAGAGAUGAUGACGGGGCCCAGUUGUUGUGUUCAGCCAUGUUGGAUCUGGGACCAGAGGGACCCCAACCUCCUCCUGUAAUGGAAUCAAACCGCCUCAACACCAACGUGCACUACAAGCCUCAGUUCACUAGUCCUGGAUGUUUCUCCAUGAGCAUCACGGAGGGUGACACCCUAUCACUGAACUGUAGUGCAAAUGGUAACCCUGCCCCCUCCUACGAUUGGUUGCUCCCCCAUGCCGACCCCAACACCAUGGAAGAGAGAUCCGUAGUGACCAUCACCAACAUGGCCAAGUCUCACUCCGGAAAUUACACCUGCUUCGCCAGAAACCCCCUGGGAAACAGCACCUGUACUGUUAAAGUGGAGGUCACAGUGGACUACCUGCCCAUCAUUGCAGGGCUGGCUGCAGCUGUGGUGGUGAUCCUCUUGGUUGUCUCCUGUUUCACCUACUCCUCUUACUAUAAACACAGGCGCAUGGGCCACUACCAGCUGAAAGACAUGUUGCCACGACGACACAAGAACAAACACGUGGUGCAACACAACGGAAUGGACCAGUCCUUUAUAGUAAAUAAUACUUUCACGUUCAACGGUCACUGGAGAAGAAACCACGUCUGCCGCUCGUCUAACAGAAUACAGUGUCCUUCACUGAGGGACGCUCAGGGAUUAUUACGGGGAAUGGAGAUUGUAAUACUAGUUUCAUUAUUGUCUCUGUAUUGUGACUUCACCGGUUCGGACGCCACAGACGGAAGUUGGCACAUCGGCGGUACCGACUUCAGACGAGUCCCGUGGGAUGCUGAGUGCCUGGUGGUCAGUCCUGCCAGUCUGGUGGUGAAGUAUGGAGACCCAGCCUCCUCUAACUGCAGCUCAGAUACCCCUGUAGAGAUGGGCUGGGAAGCCAUCCAGGGAGGGACGAGUCUAACAGACAACAAGGUGAAGAUCCUAAACUGGAGGGUGAACAGUGUGACUGAAUGGAAUAGCAAACCUACCUGCUUCACAGAGGGAGGCCAGUGUCUGAAACAGCUGAACAUCACAGUUUAUAAGCUUCCAGACCGUGUCUCCAUCAGCUACAGGAAGUACCCUGAUCCGAUGGUUGAGGGGCAUCAGUACCUGCUACAGUGUCUUGUCCAGAACAUUGCUCCUAUUGGGACACUCAGGGUGACCUUCUACAAAGUCAGUGCCACUGGUGAACAGACAGAAUUAGACACACAACAGAAAUCCAAGGACAACAUCAACACACCAGAGAAUGGGACCUACACCCUGGACUUCACCCCUGGUAGAGAUGAUGACGGGGCCCAGUUGUUGUGUUCAGCCAUGUUGGAUCUGGGACCAGAGGGACCCCAACCUCCUCCUGUAAUGGACUCAAACCGCCUCAACACCAACAUGCACUACAAGCCUCAGAUCACUAGGAGUCCUGGCUGUUUCUCCAUGAGCAUCACGGAGGGCGACACCUUAUCACUGGCCUGUAGUGCAAAUGGUAACCCUACCCCCUCGUUGGAUGAUUGGUUGGUUGCAUUCAGAAAUGGACUACCUGCCCAUCAUUGCAGGGCUGGCUUCGGUGGUGAUCCUCUUGGUGAUCUCCUGUUUCAUCUACUCCUCUUACUAUAAACACACGCGCAUGAGCCAUUAACAGCUGAAAAUCAUGUUGCCACGACGACACAAGAACAAACACGUGGUGCACCACAACGGAAUGGACCAGUCCGUUAUGUAGAGGAGGGGUUGGGGUC